AUGUACUCGUUGGCUAGCGGUCGCCGUGCUCGAAAGAGAGUUUUGUACUUCAGGUACAAAUACCUCGCCGACGCAGGUCCUGAAGCAGUAGCACCUCGAUUUCAACGCUAUCUUACAGCCUGGUUAGACCUGGUUCGACCUUUUAUUCGUAAGCAGUUUGGUAUCUCACCGUCCCUGUUUACUCUCGAUUGCAUUACAACCUGUCCCGCUCUUGUUCAACCACACCAACUCGCGACCAUGCAGCCACUGCAGUACUGGCAAGAACUUCGUUUCCAAAAAGCCAGUGCAUUGACGCCCGAAACCACCGAACAGGCGUGCAAUUUCAUCGACCACUCGAACUACGAGGAUGGUUGGUGCAAGGCUACAAGAGGCUACGGUAUUGUCGACAAUUGCAUGCACUGCCUUUGCGACUUACUUGGCGAAGGAAUGUCGGCUCAUAGUGACGGCAAAAAGUGGUAUGGUGUGACUACUGGCUUGCUCUGGGGUGCGUAUACUACACAACUCGGAACACAGAGGGAGAGACCAUCGAGGCGGUCAAUCCAUCAUCCCAACGACGACCCUUGUCUUGUGUUAUACGCAUAG